AUGCCUGCCGCCGCAAGUAACAAGCGCGUCAAAAACACCCGCAUCUCGCGCCCCUUCAUAAUCGGUUCGCAAGCAUGGAACCUCGACCUUGCCGCACAAUCCGAGCCCGUACCCGAAGGCCACACGAAAGGCUGGCGCGUCUACGUCAAAGCCAUCGACGGCGGCCCCGAAAUCACCACCUGGCUCAAAAAAGUCCAAUUCAAACUCCACAUGACCUACGCCGACCCCUCACGCACCGUCGAAGCCCCUCCCUUCCAGAUCCAAGAGACCGGAUACGGUGAAUUCGACAUUGAGCUGCGAUUGUACUUUGACAGCAGCAGUGGAGAAAAGGCCCAAUACAGAAGUCACAGGCUGCGAUUGGAGCCGUUUGGGAGUGAAGACCAGCAGAAGCAGCAGAAAGAUGCCAAUAUGGUCACCUCCGAGACGUGCGAGAUUGUCGAGUUCAACGAGCCUUCUCAUGACUUUUUCGCAAAAAUGACGGCGGAAGAUCAAUUCGCUCAUCUUCAGAAAAAAGGUGGUGGUGCAAAGGGAGGCAGAGGCGCAAAAGGAAGAGGCGCAAGGAUCGAAUAUGAAGGCGGCAGAGAGCCCACUGCAAACCUGCCGGAAAGAGGAAGCGACGCAACACCAUGGAGCAGGGAGCUGGAGAAGAAGAUGUUGGACAUGUUGGCCACAGCACAAAAGGACAUGGAUGCCGAGAUUGAGAGGGAAAAGUCAAGGGCCGAGGACAGGCAGAAGAGGUUGAAGGAGAUUGCUUGAUCCUUUUUGCUAUACCUUCUUGCUCGACUUUGCUUUUGCUUACUCUCUCCUUUCCUCACGACUUACAUGAUACCCCUGAUUGCAUCCAAGCAGUUUAAAAACUACUCUUUCUUCUCAUUCAUUUCGAGGAAACGUCCAGUCCCACUCUCACCGUGUGCUGGACUUCAAGUCGCCAGAAAUGGUCGAAAAUUACUUUCUGCUG